AUGAACCACACGCCGAAAGAACAGGACUUCACUGCUCUGAGAAUCCGCGUCAGCGCUGGCAGAGUCGGCAGUACAGACACGAGUGUCGGGUUGCUCAACAACAUUCACAGAAUGUCAGACCAGAGCAUUCAGAACCAGAUGUACUCCGUCAUGACGGACUGCCCGCAUCGCGAGAAAAUGGGCUGGCUGGAGCAGCUGCAUAUCGCGAUCGAUCCGAUCUUCUUUGGAUAUGACCUUCGAGCCUACGGCAGACAUUUAAUGAAGCAGAUUGUAGAUGCGCAGAAUGAGCAAGGCAAUGUACCCACCACUGCUCCUCAGCUCACCGUGUUUGGCGCUGUCAAUCCAGAAGAUGUGGAAGCAGUCUAUCGCCAUCUCAUCCGAUCAAUCAGGGACAAUGGCACUCACUGGACUGUCGGCGAAGUCGGCCUAGGGCCUCUCUUCCGAGCCUUGACACUACCUCACGCCUACGACUAUCUGCUGAACGAAUUGAUGGCAAAGACCGAUUACCCCAGCUACGGCUAUUUCUUGGAGCAAGGAGCCACGACUUUACCCGAACAUUGGGAGGGGUAUGAUGGCAACGGCAGUCUUGAUCAUAUCAUCUUCGACUGCGGCGAUACUUGGAUCUAUGGCCUGGCUGGGAUGAAGCAAUCUCAAACCUCGAUCGGUUGGCGAAGCAUAGAUUUUGAGCCCAUCUGUGUUCCGAAUGUCACUUUCGCCUCGACGGAGUAUCUCUCAGUGCGUGGGAGAGCUGCUGCGAAGUGGGAGAGGCAAGAGAAGCUGUUCGUCUAUAAUGUCACUGCGCCGGCUGGUAGCACCGGUUCUGUAUCUUUGUCAGCGCCGCUUAGGAGUAUCAAGCUUGAUGGAGGUGACGUUGAGGGUCAGCUCGGUGUUCAUCAUGCGAAGCAGGUCGGUGACAAAACUACGAUCACCAUUGGUUCUGGUUCUUACUUCUUCGGCAUAACUCGAAAGGAUAUGUCCUUCUGCGGGACUUAG